AUGUCGUCUUCCUCUUCCUCGGCUGCACCACUCAACCGCUCGCGGUCCCUGAGGCAGCCUACUGCCGGCCUCAACAGGGCCCAGAAGAAGGAUGAAACGGGCAGCGUCAUCAACACCAACAACGGCGCCGCCAUCAGCAAAGGUGCUGCCGCCGCGGCCUCAACCUCCUCGCUUGGCGCAGCAAGGAACACGUCCCCUAGCAGGCUUCCAAAGCCCCCCGGCGGCCCUCCAAUAGCGACUCGAACGCGCGCUGGCACCGCGGGGAAAGCGAGCAGCAUCCCAGCUGCUGCCGCAGGGACCAAGAGCAGACCAACCUCAGGCAUAUUUGGUCGGGCAGAUAGCAUCGCUACCAGGAAGCCAACGACGCAGGCUACUUCUGUUGAUCCGUCCACCAACGAAAUCGAUAUCCACCACCUCGAAAUCGGGGCCAACUUCUUCAGAGCCCUCGCCCACCACCCCAAACCGGCCCUCUCCCUUGAGGACGAUACCACCGACGACGGCAGCAGCGACAACUUCUCCGGCAAGAACACAAUCACCGCGCACAACCACACAUAUACGCGCAAAGUCAUCCGCGACCGCCCUAAACUCCGCGACUGUCCUGCGCCCACCGCGACCGCCAUCAGCAGGGUCGGUGACUUCGACUUCCACAACCAAUACAGCCACGACUACGGCGACGGCUGCGAGCAAGAGACCAAAUCGGCACCAUCGUCCAACGCGUCGGCCCUGAGCAGGGCCUCAUCCACAAAUGCGGCCAGGUCCGUCAAGCCCACCGCGCCAGGCGAUGCGCCCCGCCUCAAGCCCGCCUUCAACACCCUCCAACAGCACUACAGCCCCGCCCGCAACCUUGCGCCCAAGCCGCUGACGUCGACCUACCUCGCUCCUCCCUCGCCGUCGAAACUGCCGGCCAACAUUGCCAUCUCCUCCGAGACGGCCAAGCUGCAGACUGAGCUGCUGCAGCUACAUCUGCUUCAUCGCGACGCAGAUUCUGUGACUGCCUCAUGGAACGCGAGCGCGAAGCAAAGGCUGGGGCAGAGGUUCGCUGAGUUGGCUGGGAGGGACGCCGAGGUCAGCAGGGAGGAGGCCGAGGUCGAAGAGACGAGAAACCUGGCUGCCCUGAAGGCCUGGAGUGGUAGCAAGGGGCUGGAUGACAAGAUCCAGACGCUAGACUCUAUCCUAUCUGGUGUCUGGAGCCUUGGUGAGCCGAGUGGGCGGUACACACGUGUCGUGAGGAAAUUCGAGAAGUGGGUCGACCAGACGAGACAAGCUGUGGAGGCACGAAGGCUCGCUGGCGGGCUUGGUGCCCUCAUGGAGGACGACGAGGUCGGAUUCAUCAGUGAGCUGGAUCCAGCAUGGAAGGACGAGGUGUCGUCGAUGGCGAGGAAGCUGGACUCGUGGCGUAGGCAGCUGGGACAGCUUGAGAACAGCGCAUUUGAUGACAAUCAGGACAAGGAUCAGCAGCCUUCUAGCCUGGAAAGACUGCUUUCCGGUUGCCGGAGCCAAGUGCACGGCAUGCUGGCUGAGCUGGAUAUGAUGGAGCAGAUCGAGCGGGACACCAUUGCGCAGGAGACUGCUUGGAUCAGGAGGAUGAACCGAGAUGAUGAUGAGAAUGAUACCCCCAGGGCUGGAGCGAUUUGGCGAGCAUUUUGA